GCCCUCUGUCGGUACCAGCGCAGCGCCAGGAGGAGCUCAAGCUGCGCUUUUACAUUUUCUCUCAAAUCUUAAACUGGAUCUUAACUGGACUUUUCACAAAACACAAAUGCAGUUAGAGAAUUAAAAGUGUAUUGUUUUAGCAGCUUCAAGGAUUAUAAUAUUUCUAAAGAUGACGUCUAAGACUAAAGUUGGGAAGGCUGGCUCCAAGAACAAAGAAGAUGCCCCCUAUGAGCUUGAGAGUCAGUUUGUUUUGCGCCUGCCUACAGAGUAUGCAUCUACAGUGAGAAGGAUAGCCCAGUCCAGUAGCAUGAACAUGAAGGACAGACUUACCAUUGAACUGCACCCGGAUGGACGUCAUGGAAUUGUAAGAGUUGACCGUGUCCCUUUGGCCUGUAAGCUUGUUGAUCUUCCCUGUAUGAUUGAAUCACUUAAAACUGUUGACAAGAAAACAUUCUACAAAACAGCUGAUGUUUGUCAGAUGCUGGUUUGUACAUUAGAUGGAGAUCUUUACCCUCCUUUAGAAGAGCCAACGGGUACGGACCCCAAAAGCAAGAAGAAAGACAAAGACAAGGACAAGAAGUUUGUUUGGAACCAUGGGAUUACCUGUCCACUAAAAAACACUCGCAAGAGGAGAUUUCGGAAAACUGCUAAAAAGAAGUACAUUGAAUCUCCUGAUGUAGAGAAGGAAGUGAAGAGAUUGCUGAGUACAGAUGCCGAGGCUGUCAGUGUCCGAUGGGAGGUCAUAGCUGAAGAUGAAUCCAAAGAUGCAGAUCAGCACGGUUCAUUGGGCAACCUGGACUCCUCACCUGGCACCUCAGGACACAAGAUGGGACAUGGACAAAGUGCCCAGCGCGAUGAACUGAGGGAGAUCUUCAAUGACAUAAGCAGCUCCAGUGAGGAUGAGGAGGAUGAAGGGGACAGGCACGAGGAUGAAGACCUGAACAUCAUGGACACUGAGGAUGAUCUGGUCCGACAACUACAUGACAAACUCAAUGAGUCCGACUCUACCCAGAACGAGGCCGAUCAGACCAACCAGAUAGUUAUGGAAUAUCAGGUGCAGAUCAACAGUAUCAAGGCCAAGCUUCAAGAGACUCGUGCCCGGAAGAAACAGCAGGAGGAGCUCAUCAUGAAAGUGGAAAACCAGGCCCUCAAAAACCGUUUCCAGGCCUUGUUGGAUGAGAUUAUUCAGCAGGAAGAGCGAGAGAUGGAACAACUGGCCUCGCUACAGGAGCAGCUUGACUCUCUGAUUGAGAAGUGACCAACAGGUGGCAGCCUUAUGCCUUGUUCCCUCUCGCAGUGGAAGACGGAGGAGACAGUCUGUGUGAAGGAUCAAUAUUCUGUAGUUGUGUUGUGCUGAAAUUCAUAACAUUAUGACAUUGCUUUUUCCCCUUUUUUAAUUCUAUGUUACUCUGAUGUUACUUAUUUACAAUGAAUAAAAACAUUUUGUC